UAAAAUUCUCAUCAUAAAAUUUAAAUGAAAAAGCAAAUGGCUGACUACAGAUCGACAUUCUCGAUUUCCUAAAAAUAAAUCCGAUCUUAUUACAUGAAUUAUGCUCUAUUUAUGAUCAUGACUAGAAAAAUAUUGACAUUUAGUAUACAAACUACUUGAUAAAUAUAUUAUUGCAUUGAAAAAUAAGCCCAAAUAGUAGAUUAUUUGAAUAAAUAGACUAACCCAAUUUUCAUAAAUUUUGAUUUGCAAAAAUAUAUUCGUGCUGCUGAGGAAUCUAUGCCCGAUUAUAUUGUGUUGAUGUGAAUUUUGCGAAUUCGCAGUGGAGCCGCCGCUGAGCAUCAUGGAGCGGACCCAUGAUAAGCGGUACAGCAAACACUACAAGGAGAAGCACAAGAAACACAAGAAAUCCAAGACCUACUCUAGUGGUACACAUGAACAGUCUUAUGCUACUAGUAACUCUAAUAAGCCUUUGGUGGAGUACUCAGAUGUCAGUUCUGAAGAUCUCUCAGCUCCAGAAGCUGGUGAGAUUGAGAGUGAAGCCAGCUCUAUUGGCAGGCAUAUUGCUGAUGAUCUGGAUAGAACUAGAAAUUCACAUUCUGUGCGCACAUUUCUUGACAACAAGAUAUCAGUCACAACUAGCAGUCGGACUGUGGAUGAAUACACACUUACCCGUGAUUCUUGUUCGACAGUGAGGAAGAGACGGGAGUUGGACUAUGAUGAUCCUGACUUGGAGUUUGAUGAUCACGCUCAAUAUAAGAAGAAAGGUAAAAAAAAGAAGGAUAAGAAGAAGCGGAAGAAGAAGGCAAAGCAUCGUUCCAGGUCUGAAAGCCUUGACAGUGUUUCCCCUGUUGAUCACCUUCUGAAGGAGACUACAGUCCGUCCUGCUACACCUCAAAGGUACACAAAAGUACCUAUAAGUGAAUGGGAGAAGGCUUCUUCUCCACUCCACAAUGGCUCCUGUUCACCGGUAUCACCUUCUACACCACCGAUACUUCGACAUGAGAUUUCACCGAGGCAUAGAAUUGAUCAUCUUGAUGCAAUUCACACAUUGACAUAUUCGCCAGCGAGACAUAGAGACAGAUCUCCCUUAAUCAGUUCAAGUAAUAGAAAGAGACAGAAAUCUUCAACACCACACACUCCAUCAAUUCCGCCUUACCAUGAGACAGUCACGAUCGAGUCAGACAAUGAGGAAUAUGAAAGGAACCGUAGGGAAUACUGGCAUGAGCAGCAGAGGCUUCAGAAUGAAGUUAUGGUUAUAUCUGAUUCACCGGUACACCAGUCGAGGCGGGAGUACAGUCCGCGCCGAUACCGCAAGCGCAGUCCACACAAAAUCAAGAACAAAAGUCGCGAACGAGACAGGCAUCGGGAUCAUCGCAUGAGUCAUAGGUCACACAGCCGUAGUUCGCUAAAACGACGUCGAUCAGUGUCGCGGUCUCGCCGUCGCUCGUCGUCACCUCCGCGACAUCGCCCACGACACAAGGAACCCAGCAGAGAUCGCCAUAGGAACAAACAUGACUCACCUAGUCCACCCACAGCAACAGUGCUUCAGCGCAGGUUAGACUUCAAGCAAAAGAUCAGUGAUACCAGCCUAUUUGCUGAACUUGUCAAGGAUAAACACAAGCGAGCCAAGAAACUUCAAGAGAUAUUGAACCAAAAGGAAGAGGAGUCCCAAGGUGGUGCGUCAAGCUCAGCCUCUAUCAACAACACUGAUAUCCUCACCAUUGACGAGUGUUCUAAUGCCACUGUGGACAGCUCCAGUCAGGCAUUCAAAGAGAAUGGUGAAUUGAUCAAAAGUCAGGAUGUGGUUGAUAUUCCGAUGCCUAUGCCAUCUGAGAUUGUCCCGGCACUGCCUGAAGACCCUCAGCCACCAGAACUGCCUCAACCACCCGAAGAGGUACCUGCCCCCGAACCACCAAGCAAAGCCCCAGAGCAGCCGGCUGCUGCUAAUGGUGAAGUGGAAAAUAAUGAGUUACAGCAAGAGCAGCCAAUAGUACCGACAUCAGAAAAUGUUCCAUCGCCAGUCCCGCCACGACCCAGCAUUGUGGACAGUGUGAUGUUGAACAGUCAGCCCUCACAGCCACUCAAACCCAAGAGUCUCACCAAGCUACCUAUGCCACCCAAUACUCAGGUUGAAGACCUAAAGACACUUGUUAAUGAAAGCCCACUCAGCACUCCAUCAACAAGCCCUGUUAAGAAACCAGAAAAACCAAAGAAGACUGGCAUCAUGAACUUGCCUAUGCCACCUGUGGUGGCGGGCACAGAGGAGUUGAGCGGGGACGAGGCGGAGGGCUCUACCCCGCCGCCUGUGUCACACUCACACAAGUACUCACACGUGUUCGCCAGGAAGAACAACAAGGAUAUUGCGAGUCAGUCCGGCACGAAACUAAAGCGGCCGCGUAUCCUGAAGCGACGUGGUUCCAAGGUGGUGCCAGUGGUGACGCCCACACACCACGCCAAGGACUGGGGGGAGAAGUGUGUCGAUGGUUUCCAGGUGAUAACUCAAAUAGGCGAGGGCACAUAUGGGCAAGUAUACAAAGCUCGCGACAAGAAUACGGGGCAGCUAGUUGCGCUGAAGAAGGUGCGCCUCGAGAAUGAGAAGGAGGGCUUCCCCAUCACCGCCGUGAGGGAGAUCAAGAUACUGCGACAACUGAACCACAAGAACAUUGUCAAUCUGAGGGAGAUUGUCACCGACAAACAGGAUGCCAUGGACUUUAGGAAGGAUAAAGGUUCCUUCUACCUAGUGUUUGAAUACAUGGAUCAUGAUCUCAUGGGUCUACUGGAGUCAAAGAUGGUUGACUUCACAGAAUCACACAAUGCUUCUAUAAUGAGACAAUUGUUAGACGGACUUGCAUACUGCCACCGGAAGAAUUUCCUGCAUAGAGACAUUAAGUGCAGCAACAUAUUGAUGAAUAACAAAGGUGAAGUUAAGCUCGGUGACUUCGGGUUAGCGCGGCUCUGGUCGGCUGAAGAUAGGCAGCGACCUUACACCAACAAGGUUAUAACAUUGUGGUAUAGACCACCGGAGCUACUUUUAGGUGAAGAACGGUAUGGGCCCGCUGUCGAUGUUUGGUCUAUGGGUUGUAUACUCGGGGAGUUGUUUCAAAAACAUCCCCUAUUUCAGGCUGGCGUGGAGAUGAUGCAGCUGGAAAUGAUAUCGCGCGUGUGCGGCACGCCCGUGCCCGGCGUGUGGCCCAACGUCGUCAACCUGCCGCUCUGGCACACGCUGCGGCCCAAGCGCUUCCACAAGCGGUGUGUGCGGGAGCAGUUCGCGUUCAUGCCCACCCCCGCGCUCACUCUGUUGGACAGGAUGCUGGAGUUGGACCCCGACAAGCGAAUCACCGCCGAGGAGGCGCUCAAGAGUGCCUGGCUAAAGUCCGUCGUACCUGAGCAAAUGCCUGCUCCUGAACUUCCAACAUGGCAAGAUUGUCAUGAGCUUUGGUCAAAGCAGCGUAGACGUCAACAAAGAGAAGAACAGACCAAACCCAAAGGUUACAACACUGAAGACAAAGACUUCAAGCAGGCUGAUGCUAGUCAGUCUGAUGCCAACUUCAAGAGUGAUUUCAAAAUAGAAAACUGCUUUAAACCGGAACCUCCACAAGAAACUAUAGGACAAGUAAAAUAGUAUUUGGAGUAUUAUUACUUUGGUUAUUACCAAUGGUGAGUGAUACGGUGCAUUGAAGUGCAUAUGAACCGACCGCCUUAGUAGUGAAGUUAAUGUAGAUUAUGGAUACUGUGAUUUGUAAAAUCAUAGCUUUGAGUGAUACGAAGCUGUAUAGAUUGAAACCAAAGUGCUAAGUGUUCUGUUACCUGUCAGCAAUACGAACUGUAUGUAUGUAUGUAUAUAAUUGUAAAUACUUUAGUCAAAUAAUGUGAACAAUUUUGUGAAUGUCUCUAUAUUAUGUUGAAUUUUAAGUAAUCUUCCAUUUCUUUCCGUGUAUGAGAUGGAUGUAUACAUAUUAUUUUAAUUAAGUAUGGAAGAAGGUGUUAUGGAGGAAUGGUGAUAGUGGAAUGUGCGUAUUUAUAGUGGGCAUUGUUUUAAUUCCUUUAUAUCUCAUAAAACCAAUAGAUUGUAUUAAAUUAAUUGUAUAAUAAACUAUUCUACUCACAAAUGUUUUACAAAGAUCACAAUGAUUUUUAUAUUAUUGUUUCUAUUCAAUUUCCAUCAAUUUUCACUCAUAAUUCAAUUUUAAUUUUUAUUUAAUAAUUAAUGUUAAAUUUAUUUAUUUAUUUAAUAUAGUUAAAUGUAUUUUAAGGAGCUUGCAAGAGAUUGCUCUAUUCCCAAUUUUUACCACACAAUCAUUUCAUAGCAAAUCUUUUCAAUUUCAUAACACAACAUUCUAUGUCGACUUUUUUUUACAGUCCUGUUGCAGAAGUUAUUCACCCUACAAAAGACUUAUUUUAUUUAACCCGAGAAAUAGGCACAACCAGUUUAUAAUAAUUACAAUUUCUUAAAAAUUUAUGUGCCUUAUAUACAUAACAUUCCCAAAAACAUAUUUGGAGACAACCAUCAAUAUGUUAAUCUCUUUAAAUUUUUCUUAUAUUGAUUAUUUAGGUUCUAGAUAAGUAAGUGGUCGCAACAGCAAUGUCUGCAAAUCUAAAAUCAAAAUUGUGACACCCAGGCUCACAGUGUAAUAAAACUCCAUUAAAUUAAAUAAAAAUUUAGUGAUCUGUGCAUCAAAGCCUCCAUACAACCUCCUCACGUCCAUCGUUUGUAGUGGGUGGUAAUGGAAUAGUAUACAGGGCGACCGAAAGUCUAACUACUUGCCUCGUCUGGGAUUCGGAACCGACUUAAAUGUAUAAAAAAACAGCCCUACUUUAUGAUGCCAAUCAAAAUAAUGGCCAAUAACUAAUAACUCUUCUUAAGUAGCAUAGUAUUUUGAAAGAAAGGAACAACUUAAAAUGUUUGAGUCAAUUUUCAAGAAUGUUAUUUAUUGCCGACGACGACUUUCGAAAAGUAGCGAUAUCUUAAAAAUAUCUUUGAAUGCAGAAUUAAUAAAUUUUAAAAAUAACAUAGUCUUCUUUCAGUAAAAUACCCUAUCUACGAUAUUUAUGGUACUUUCCCCUCAUGUCCCAUAACUUUGGGACAUCCUGUAUAGAAGGCGCGAGGUAAUCAUGCAUCCGAUUUUUUUUUCCUUUGCCGGAUCUCUUUUAAUAUGAAUAAAGUAAGGAAUCCACAAUCAAAGACUAUUUACGGUCAAGUCUUUUUACUAUAAAAAUAAAAUGACGAAAUUUUUUACUACUGGCAAAAUACGUUGUCUUUGUAUUAUUUAUCUUCAAUGGCCCUCUAAUCCGGCGUUCAUACCGGAUUAUAGGGCCGGUUGCCUGGGUCGCUAAGUGCUGUGAAAUUAAGCGCCUACGGUAUAUUUUUUUUUAUUCUUAUACCACACAUUCCAGAGCUCCAAAACAACUAAGGCAUUACUUUCCUGUAUUGGAGUAAAGCACUGGUAUAUUUGGUAGUGUAUUACACUACUUCCUAAAUUGCAAAUUGAAGAUGUUAUGUCACUGUACUUCCUCAAAGAAGAAAAAAAUAAAGAUCUAAACUUUCCUACUCAUAUUGUCAUGGACGUGAACAUAAUAUAGAAGUAUUUGGAUAUAAACCAUUAUAUUCGCUAAAGUACACGAACAAGCGGAAAAUUAUCUUACACAUAAUAUGUAAGUAGGUAUUAAUGUCAAGUAUUUUUUUUAUUAAUUAAUUAGUUAAUUUAACAAGUUCCAAAGUAGAGAUAUACCUACAACUAACAAAUUAUCAAAUAUUUAAAAGAAUACUCUAAGUUAGGUAGAUAUUUUAAAGCCUAGGUUUAGGUGACUUUUAGACUACCAGCGCGUGAGUUGUGAUUAACGGCCGUUUCCAAUAACCUAUCUAUCCUUAUUUUUUUCCUUUUCUUACUAGAGGUAGACAAAUCUAUCCAUAAACGCUUACUCAAAUUUCAAUAACCUAUAAAGCAUUGAAGUAUAACUAUAUUAGAUAUGUCUAUGAAUAGAUAAGAUCUUGUCAUUAAACAGUGAUAGCAAUGUAUCCGUAACUAGAGAUAUUAUUAAAAACGGCCGUUAGUGUUAAUCGGAAUGGCAGAUAGUUAACAACGCGUAAAUAUGGCGUAUUUCAGUAAAUGUAGGUGCGUACAGAUUGGUGAAUAUAUCAUGCAAUGAAAGCAUUCCCCGUAUAUACGCUGCAAUGUAUCAUGAAAGGUACUUUGUAACAAUUCCUCAUAGCUACUACGUCUUGUGCGCGCAAAACGAGCAUUUCCCGCUCACGCUACGAAUAUUAGGUUCGGUUUCAACCAAAGCGGAGAGGAGAGGUCUCAUUUUUCUUUGAUUUUGUGCCGCGUGCAACUAAGCGGCGCGGCAGAGCGGAGAUGUGAGAUGUCUGUACUUACCCAGGCGGCCGCGCGCACAUUUCCCCGACGCCCAAAAGCGUCAUUUAUUCGAUUGAAUGAUCUUGAAUGUAAAAGGCGUUUCGUAUUUGUCCUUAAAAACCGCGCGCGGAGCGAGCCGUGAUUCGAACGAACUCUGCGACUGAAUGGCGGAAACAGACAUACGCGGGAGUUUCGAAGCAAUGCGCGCUAUAAGUUGCAGCGAACAUGCAAAUAAAGGUAUAAUGAUACAUUUCUUGUUACGUUUCACUAGUCUGUACGUACCUUAAGUGGGGAAACUCUUUCACUGCCUGCAACUACCAAACAAAAUAUUACAUAUUUUCACCAGUAAGUCUUCUGACGUUUUUAUAAUAAAAUAUAUUGCGACCAUUUUUAAUCUCAUUACGGCAUUUUAUUUAUUCGUAUUACCGUCAUUGGAGUGUUGCAAGUGUAUUAGUGUAUACAUUGCUACAUGUGAUGUUUAUUUCUGUAGGCGAUUUACCCUUAGAACAUUUCUAUUACGGUCUUAUUUAGAUUUUUAUGAUUUAUAAUUUUGAUAAUUUAUAUAUCUACAUAGACUGACCGCUGUGAACACGUAGAAAAAAAGAACUGUAUUCAGUAACUCACGCACCCAAAAACAAAGUUGGAUACGUAUCGCGAGAGUAAACUUUUCACGAACACAUUAUUAAUAUACCUGGCAUGUAAUCAUGUGUUGCCUAACAGGAAGAUGCUUUGGGAAGUAUAAAAUAAGUAAAGUUUAUAAUAUAAAUCAUCACAAUUAUUUACUGUGUUAACUGUGCGUAUAAAAUGUACGGUAAAUUGUAUAGUUUAAGUGUCAUAGGCCUACACCAGUGAUAUGCGUUCACUGGCCUAAAGCGGAUCAAUGAUUCGACAUCUGAUGACCGGACUUGGAACCCGUACCUGGAGAGAACGUCACAAUUCACUGCGUACCGCUCCUCAACUUAUGGGGUACUUUAAACAUGGCCGAGUAAAAAAAGGACUCCGUGUCACCUUACAUAACAGUGAAGCACCAAAUUGUGGCCAUAUAUUAUGAUUAUUUAAGGGAGAAUAAUAAUUGUGUAAAUGGUAUCCCCCGUAACCGCACACACACUAGCAUAAAGGUGCUUCAAUUGCUAAUAUCACGGCGCCGAGUCCUUCUGUUUUUACUCGUCCGUGCAUGGCCUAUAUCUAGUAGUAACCCCCCACCCCUUAACAGUCGACAUUAUUCAGUCAGUUAAGAAAAAUUAUUUAAAAUACAAAAGUAAGAACUUAGAAACAAAAUUAAUAAUAUUGUUAGAUACAUUCCUGUUACAUAACUGUAGAAAAGCUAAUAUAUUAUUUUUCUUACAACUGACAUUAUGUUUUCAAGUUAUCAUCUCAUUCUAACCUCAUAACUACUAGCUCAUUUGCUUUUUCAAUGCUCUUUUAAAAUAGAGGAAUUUGCUGUUUAUAAAUUUAAACGGGUCACUUUUCUUAAUGUUUUUAUCUGACCUAUUUAGUUUAAUUAAUAUAAAUGUGUGGCAUUUAUUGUGUAUUUGGUGAAAUAUGGUAUGAUUAGAAAUACAGUAGUUUCUAAAUUGUAAACAAAGUAUUGGUUGAUAAUUCCACUACAUAUUUAUUAGUUGUGUUGUAUGGGGAUCCUAUUUCUUUAGACUCAGAAAGAAAAGUUGAGUUAUCAUCAUUAGACAAUGAAAUCUGUAUGACACAUCCCAUGCUGUUUAUCUUCAUAGUACCUAUCAAGGAUUAAAAAAUCAGUGUCUAUGAAACUUUGUUCAAAAUAUACAUAUAUUUAAAUAAAAUAUCAGUGUCUUUAAUUAUAAUAAUUCAAUUUUGACAUAAUUUUUUACUAACACAAAUAAAAAUACGUCUUGAAUCUAUAAAAAGUUUUUAUUUUAAACAUGCAAAAUACUACGAAUAAUGUGUAAUAUAUACCUAUACCUACAAUAAUGAUAACAUGAUAGUUAAAUAUUUCAAAUCAAUUCAAAUUUCCGGGGAGGCCUUUGUCCAACUAUGAAUGUCUUCAUGUGUACAUUUUAACAGUUUACUCAUAUUUAAAUAAGAGACAAUUAAUUGAAUUAUGGUCAGAAAACUUGAAACAAUAUUCUUAGUAUUUUAAUUGAUUAAAGGUUCUGAAGGUAUUUGAAAUAAAAUAAAGACAAAAUCUCCUUUUAAGUAAGUACAUAGUUGUAACAAUAUUUUUGUUUAAUAUGUAAGCUGUGAAUAAAUUGGGGUGGGGCAUUUACAUACCUAUUAAUGUGUUAAUUUUCAAUGUUUGCCACAUGUACCACAAAAUGUACAAUAAUCUCCUAAUAAUAUAUAUAUAUAAAAGACUAGAGUAAUAAUUAUUGUAAUGUACAGGGUUAUAAAAGGCAAUGAAGUAUUCAUUACAAUGGUCUGGAGUUAUUGUUGCUUGUACAUAUUAUAUGAUACAGAGACAACACUAUUGGUUUGCAAUAAGAAAAUGAUUUAGAUGCUUUCUUAGAUGUUAUAAUUUACAGUUGGUCUUCAGUUCCCUAUUUUAAACCCACCAGUGGCUGUGAAAAGUUUCUAAAAUAAAUAAAAGUAUAAAUAAAUGGUGCAUACUUAGAAGGGAAUUGUAACUGGCAAAAUAUGUAACAGCAUUAUUAUUGUUUCUCACCACCGUCUCAAAUGAGUAUGUACAGAGGAUAAGCUUCUUAAAAUUGGGCAAAAUUGUUACCUAUUUUAGUAGGGUUGUCACAAAAGUAAUAAACAAAACACUUUACCUAGUAUUCAUGUGACUGUAUCAAAUGCUCACACCCAGAUCAGAUUCAUUCGUUUGUGACAAUCAAUAUUAAAACAAUUGGAACUAGAAUAAUAUUUAAUUAUGUUCAGAAAGCUAUAUAUUUAUUUUGUUUAAAAGGGGAUCGAUUUAUUGUAAGACUGAAGAUGUAAGUAUCCCUAACUCUGGAUUGUUAUCAUAUUAGGACGCUAUUGUAUAAAUGUAAAAAUCCUACAUACUUUUUUAAAAUAAUUAUAACUCCUAAAACAUA